UUCAAAGGGGAAGGGACAUUCUUUUUGAUGAUAAAUGUUCUUAAAAAAUUAUUAUUGCAAUUUUUGGCUGUAAGUCCUGAAUAAACAGUGGUCGCAGAAUGAUGACGUAACAAAAACAGCCUGUAAAUCCUUCAGCGUCCAGUAGGUGGCAGCACAGCUUCCUACAACCACACAAAUUAUAGAGAAACUCUAGAAAAAAAACGGACUUUGGACUGGUUGUUUUACAGGAACCUUUAAUCUAAAACGAGCAUCUGUGGUCCUCUUGGUUCACAAAGUCUAAAUGAAAGCCGUAAUCCUCGCAGCCGGCUACGGAACCAGACUGCAGCGGGAUGUUUGCGCAGACAGAACCGGGAAGUUCGCUCACCUGGCGGGCGUCCCGAAGCCGCUGCUGCCGGUGGGUCAGUGCGCCCUGAUCUCCCACUGGGUCCGGGCUCUCACCGCCUCCGGGUUCGUGGACUGCAUUUAUGUCGUGACCAACGCUCUGUACCGCGCUGCGUUUGAAUCGUGGGCUGAAGGUUUUACAAACGUCAGGAUCCUCAGUGACCAAACAAGAAGCAACGAUGAGCGUCUGGGAGCUGUGGGCUGCCUGCAGCUGGCAGUCAAACACUUCAACAUCCAGGAGCACGUCGUCGUGAUCGGAGGAGACACGCUGUUCAGAGAGGAUUUCAGCCUCGGCAAAGUCCAGCAGAAGUUCUGUGACGUCCAGGCGAAGUGCGAAGACGCCUCUUUGGUUCUGUCGUAUCGCUGCAGAGAMGAAGAAACACAGAAAUAUGGAAUACUGGAGGUGGACCAGGAUCUGCGAGUCGUCUGCAUGAAGGAGAAACCUGGUCCUUCAGGGACCGAGUCCAGGAGAGCCUGUCCGUGUUUUUACGUGUUGUCGAAGGAAACUCUUCCUCUGUUGGACUCCUUCCUUCAGCUAAAGGAGGAAGCUCCGAUCGAAGAGCGAGACGCUCCUGGAAACUUUGUGUCCUGGCUCGUUCACAGGAAACMGGUUUACGUCCAUCAGAUAUCGGGGCGUUUCGACGUCGGGAACCUGCCUUCGUACGUCGAGUGCGACCGCUACUUCAGAGAGAAACUCCAGGAAGUGAAGUCCUACAUGGUCUAGAGUAAAACCGGGUCACUUCAGUCUGGAGCAUCGGUCCGAGGCCCUCUCCCGCCUGUUCUCCAUCUUGGCGAUGCAGGAGCCGAACUGCAUGGCCCUCUUGGGCAGGAGGGCGGACUGCCCGAGGCCCAGCUGCCUGGCCGCCUGGCGGAGGAGGAGCUUCUCUCCGACGCCGCGGGGCAGCGACAGGUCGGCCUUCUUCCACACGGGGAGGGAGUUCAGGAAGCUCACCACGUUUUCAUCCAAGUAGGGAAACCUGCAGGAAGAGAGGAGAGGAACUCACGCUGGUGCAUCCGUUUGGUUUCUAUACAACAGAAUGAAACUGCAGAUAAAUGUGUGGAGCUUAAUUAAGAUUAAUAAAAAUUUAUUUUAAUCACA